GGGGGCACAAACCUGUGUCCCCUGCAUCGGCAGGCGGACUCUCAAACACCACGCCACCAGGGAAGCCCUAUUUAAUCCUAUCUGUUAAGAUGCCUUAGAAAAAGAACCAUGGAGAAGUAUGUUAGAGUACAGAAGAUCGGAGAAGGUUCAUUCGGAAAAGCCAUUCUUGUUAAAUCUGUAGAAGAUGGCAGACAGUAUGUUAUCAAAGAAAUUAACAUCUCAAACAUGUCCAGUAAAGAAAGGGAAAAAUCAAGGAGAGAAGUUGCAGUGCUGGCAAACAUAAAGCAUCCAAAUAUUGUCCAGUAUAGAGAAUCAUCUGAAGAAAAUGGCUCUCUCUACAUAGUGAUGGAUUACUGUGAAGGAGGGGAUCUGUUUAAACAAAUAAAUGCCCAGAAAGGCAUUUUGUUUCAAGAGGACCAGAUUUUGGACUGGUCUGUACAGAUAUGUUUGGCCCUGAAACAUGUACAUGAUAGAAAAAUUCUUCAUCGAGACAUAAAAUCACAGAACAUAUUUUUAACCAAAGAUGGGACAAUACAACUUGGAGAUUUUGGAAUCACUAGAGUUCUUAAUAGUACUGUAGAGCUGGUUCGGACUUGCAUAGGGACCCCAUACUACUUGUCACCCGAAAUCUGUGAAAACAAACCAUAUAAUAAUAAAAGUGACAUUUGGGCUGGGUGUGUCCUUUAUGAGAUGUGCACAUUUAAACAUGCAUUUGAAGCUGGCAAUAUGAAAAACCUGGUCCUGAAGAUCAUAUCUGGAUCUUUUCCACCCGUGUCUUUGCAUUAUUAUUAUUAUCUCCGCAGUUUGCUCUCUCAGCUAUUUAAAAGAAAUCCUAGGGAUAGACCAUCAGUCAACUCCAUAUUGGAGAGAGGUUUUAUAGCCAAACACAUUGAAAAGUUUCUCUCCCCUCAGCUUAUUGCAGAAGAAUUUUGUCUAAAAACAUUUUCAGGGUUUGGAGCACAGCCUAUACCAGCUAAAAGACCAGGUUCAGGACAAAGCUUGGCUUCUGUUGUGUCUGCUCAGAAAAUUACAAAGCCUGCUGCUAAAUAUGGAGUCCCUUUAACAUCUAAGAAAUAUGGAGAUAAAAAAUUACAUGAAAAGAAAUCACUCCAAAAACAUAAACAGGCCCAUCAAAGUCCAGUGAAGAAAGUGAAUCCUGGAGAAGAAAGGAGGAAACUGUUUGAGGAACCAGCAAGGAAGAGAAGGUUGGAAUUGAAUGAAAAAGAAAAGAAACAAAAGGAUCAGAUUAGUUUAAUGAAGGCUGAAAAGAUGAAAAGGCAAGAAAAGGAAAGGUUGGAGAAAAUAAAUAGGGCCAGGGAACAAGGAUGGAGAAACUUUCUGAGUGCUGGUGGAAGCGGUGAAAUGAAGGCUCCCCUUUUUGGCAGUGAUGGGGCUGUGGCUCCAUCAUCUUUUUCUUCUCGAGGACAGUAUGAACAUUACCAUGCCACUUUUGAUAAAAUGCAGCAACAAAGAGCAGAAGAUAAUGAAGCUAAAUGGAAAGGAGAAAUACAUGGCCGAAGGCUUCCAGAAAGGCAGAAGGGGCAGCUGGCUGUGGAAAGAGCAAAGCAGGUGGAAGAGUUUCUACAGCGAAGACGGGAAGCGAGGCAGAACAAGGCUCGGGCUGAGGGGCAUAUGGGCACCCUGCACAAGCUGGCAGCUCUGUUCGAAGGCAGGCGCAGCUCUUCACGAGGAGGGAAGCCGAAAAGCAAAGAGGAAGAGGUUUAUCUGGCAAGGUUGAGACAAAUAAGACUGCAGAAUUUCAAUGAUCGCCAACAGAUUAGAGCCAAGCUUCGUGGUGAAAAGAAAGAAGCUGACAGCUCCGAAGGACAGGAAGGAAGUGAGGAGGCUGACAUGAGGCGUAAGAAAGUGGAAGCGCUGAAGGCCCAGAUGAGCGCCUGGUUAGCUGUGCUGAAGGAGCAGCUAGAACACAGGAGGAAGGAGGCGUACGAGAGAGAGAAGAAGCUGUGGGAGGAGCAUUUGGUGGCGAAAGGAAUAAAGAGCUCUGAUAUGUCUCCACCUUCAGGACAGCAGGAAACAGGUGGCUCUCCAUCAAAGCAAGAGAUGAGACCUGUUAUUUCUGUGACUUCUGCUUUGAAAGAAGUGGGUAUGGACAGAAGUUUGACUGAUGCCCAAGAAACCGCAGAAGAAAUGCAAAAGACUAACAGUUCUAUUUUGAGUAAGCACAAAAUACUAUGUAGAUUACAUCAAAAUCUUAAAGCUCAAGAAGAUGCAAAUGGAAAGCAGAGUCACUCUGAAAUGGGUGCAAUAAUUGUUCACGAAGACGCCAAAGAGCAGGAAAAAGAAAAAUCCAUGUCAUCUUAUAGCAAGAAAUGGGAGGCUGGAGGCCACCUGGUGAUUCCUGUAGAUGAACUGGCACUGGACACGUCCUUCUCUGUGACUGAAAAACAGACAGUGGGAGAGGUUAUUAAAUUAGAUCCUGGUAGAUCUCCAAGAAAAGUCUGGGGAAAAAGUCCUACAGAUUCUGUUCUAAAGAUACUUGGAGAAGCUGAACUACAACUUCAGACAGAACUAUUGGAAAACACAACUAUUAGAAGUGGUAAGCAGAGAAACUGGUUGUUUUUCUAUACUAGAAAUAAUAUUAAAAAUGGAAUUGUAUUUUUAAAGAUGUGUCUAUUUUAAAUGAAUUGUUUGUAAUAG